GUUGCGUCGCCAUUCCACCGGUUCGCCAAAUGGUUCGGUGAAGAGCUUUGCUUUGGAAAACGCUUUGGCUGUUCGCUUAGCUAUGCUUUGAUAGUUGGCCGCCUGUUGAGCACAUUUGCCUUUGAGUAGCAGCGGAGUCGAGUCGUGCCACAGCAGCCACCAUCGUCGUUUGCCGUCGCUGGCUCUACGAGUCAAUAAUCGAGUCGAAUUGCUGAGUAGUGACGUCGCUAUUGAGUGUUUAGUUGGGACGCGAAAAAAUCUGAAAGUUUAUUGCUUUUAAAUUAUUAUUUACAUACACACACUCAUACAUAUUUGUACGCGUAUGUUUUGUGAGUUCGCUGUUAACGCAUAAACCUUCUUCGGCUUUUAUUUUGUGCGUGUCUAGUGUUUGGUGUUGUUUUUUGGGUGGAUUUCAUGUUUUUGCGUCUAAACUUAUGCCAGCAUAUGUUAUACGCUUGGUGCGAACUUUCAAUAUUGUUUUCGACAAUUUUUCGCUAUUUUUUGCCAAUUGCCAACACUCGUGCAUAGAAGCUGAAAUGUGAAAAAAAUUUCUUAUUAUUCAAUCUACGCGUACUAAGGCAUAUAGAAUGAACUAUCAUGCUGAGUGUUAGCAGACAGUAUUCUAUGCGAUAUUUUAUUCCAAGUGUGUGAAUUAAUGAUUCUCGUCGAGUAUGUGGCGUGUUUAUUUAAUGUGCGAUGCUUAAAAGUAGUCGUGAUUUGGCGGUUUAAAUGAAUUGAGGCGCGCUUUCGAAAUACCGGAUAACUGAGUGUAAUUGAGUGUGUUUUUGAAAUUUUUACAAUUAUUGUUGUUGUAUUGGAAAGGAAUUACGAAAUAUUGCAAAAAUGAGCUGCGCCACGGGCACACUUAAAUACGCGCUAUUCUUGCUGAAUAUGCUGUGGGCGAUAUUGGGUAUCCUGGUGGUAGUUUUCGGUGGGCUUGGCUGGGGCGCUAUGCCMCAGAGUUAUGCCAUCGGCUUCAUUACUAUGGGUGGUGUCAUCUUAUUCAUAUCAUUCUUCGGCUGCUUCGGCACAAUGCGCGAAUCGGCGCGCCUUUUGUGGACGUAUGGCAUCUGCACCUUCGUGCUGAUCAUUGUAAUAGUAGCGUUCAUUUGUUUGAGCACGCGCGAUGUUUUCAAGCGCUACGCUAUGGAAGGCGUAGAGGAGCAAUGGCGUCAGGAGCUGUUUCAACCGGGUUCCAUGGACACAGUGCAGUCAGUGUAUGCCUGCUGCGGCCUCAACUCUGCUGAGGAUUACAUACGCAUUGCACGCGCCCCACCCGCCAGUUGCUGCAAGGAAUCGAAUUGCAUAAAUCCCUUGAAUCUCUACCUCACAGGUUGUUUGCCUAAGGUUGAAGAAGCUUUCGCCGAUGAGGCCACCGUUACGGCGUACCAUCAGUAUGGCUUGUUGGCCUUUGGUUGCCUCAUUCUGCUUUUGACGAUCCUACUGGCAAUACAUUAUCAGAAUCGCAAACGGCGUUUUAGUUACUAAGCUUUUGUUUAGAAGUUGUGAAAGCUUAAAAGCAUUUGAGUCUCACUUGUGUAGCUUUUAUUGAAAUGUGAAACGAUUUUAUUACAUUUAAAUUUAUAUUAGAUAUUUGCAUUUAAUAUUAAUAACUGUUUAGCUUUCAAUGAAUGCUUUUAUGCAAUGUCACAUGUACCUCCAAGCCAAUCGAAUAAAUAACUCUAAUAUAACUAUUGUACAGUGUUAGAUAUAAUACAUAUAUUUAUUUAUUUGAAACCCAGUGCAUUUCA